AUGCAUACCCUUUGUGCCCGGGGAACGAUGAAACCAGAGAUCAACGCUGCCGUCGGAUUUCUGUCGAGAUUUCUGAGGGUAAAAGGACACGUAAACGAUCGACAGGUCCAAACAUUCAGCCAAAGCUUACAGGACAUUUUGGCAGGUAAGCAACAUAGAAAAUGUCAUCAGAUAUCCCCUAAACCUACUUCAAAUAAUCAUUUUUGACUUUUAACCGAACAUGUUACAGUUUAGCGUGAAAAGCGCGAACAUUAGCCUCUAAUUGUUCGUGAACGGUUCAGAAGCAGCCCUUCUUUGUUCUCUCAAGUAUCGCUAUCAGCGCCGCCACUGCGCAUCACUGUUCGCGCACGUCGAAGAAGGAAAAAAAGAACGGUCGAAUAUAAACACAGCGAGGGGUCGAGGGGCAGUUUUUCGACGAUAACAGUGAAAUAAAUUUCAAUUAAGUGGCCAAAUUUAAGCGGGGGGUUGUUUUUUUUGUUUGGAAGGAAGAUUAGAAGGAAAAGGGGGAGUGGAAAGAGAUGCUUGGCUCAAACAAGGAAGUGAGCCUCGGUCGAUAAAGCUCUUAGAGAACAGAGCAAAACAGCCCCCAGUGAGUUCGAAGAGGCAGCUCAAUUACGUAAUGCAUUAGGAGAUAUAGGUUUAUAACGAAUUACGUCCUUUAUUAAGUACAGGAAAUUUAAAUGUUAACAUUUACGACCUUUAUCCAAAAAAUUUCCUACUAAUAUCACCAUAUUCAGACUAUAGUUUCGACUGUAACACAUUUACAUUCUGGAUUUAUUUUACGGAUUUAACAAAAUUAGCAUUAUAAUUUCCGACCUUUUUUGCCACACUUGAAAUCCUUUUAAAAGACAUUAUGUUCCUUUUCCAGUAAUACGUGAACAACAACUUACUUUAAAUACAUUUUCGAGAAAAAUUAGGUCGCCUGUAGUUUUUAUGUUUUUCGCUUAGUUCAGGAUGUUUGCGGGUUUUUUCAUUGGGAACAGUGCUACUGGAAGGGAUUGUCCCCCAUUUCCUGCUGUAAACACAUUCCAGUCUGAGGCCUCUAAAGCCGCCAUACAUCUGUUAACAGAGCCUACAGCAGCAGAUGACCUACAUUUUCUCCAUAAAGAGCUCGCUUAUGCAAACCCCUUACUUUGCAUGCAUUUUGUUUUUUUGGAUAAAAGGACCAAACUGAAAGAAAAACUAAUGAAAAUCUUACUUUGCAUACAGGCGCAUUAAUCAAUCAUAGUAACAAAACUGCCUUAACUCACAACUUAGGCUACAGAAAAACGGAGUUUAUUUAUGAGGUGUAAAAUACUAAUGUUAGAAUAUAUGUUGAGUGCUCAGUAAUCAGUCGAAGCUGCGUUAUAUUGAAAACAUCUGCCUGGCCUCCACACAAUGAUAGUGUUGGUAAACAGACAAAAGUUUGGGAGUUGAAUAGAGUCGGCUGUGAGGCCUGAUUUGUGGGGGAGGGGAUGUUUUGGUGAGCGCCUACAGGCUGACAUCAAACUGAGGCAGCUGCAUAGCAGAGAGGAAAUGAAGGGAAUCCAGAGAAGCAAAGUGAACAAAGCAUAUUUUUUCUAUACAUCUUCAGACAUAAUUAUACAAAAUGGAGUUCAGGCCAUUGUUCCAUGUGUUCAGUCCGAGCAUCAGAUCAAAGUAUGAGCUUUAUGAAAUUAUUAAGUAGCUAUGAUGAUUUAUUAUCCAUUAAACAUUAAACAUGUAUUGUUUUGUACACAUUGAGGCUAGUUUAACUGUUCUGCAAGGUUAGUUUCCACUAAACAAGGCCGACUUGAGCUCUAUUGUCCUGGGUAACAUUGUAAUCACUCACUGUUGUGUCUGCAAGCUGAAAGCGGGGCUUCCUUGUCUGUGCAGACAGUAGGGAAGUUGAUGAAUAAGCCUGGUGACCAGACUGAAAUUUUAGUUGGGCAAUCCUUAUCAACAGGAGUUUGAUUUUUCAGCAUAAUCUGAACAUGGAAAUACCCUAAAAAACCCAUUCUUGUGCUUUAGUCAGCCUUAUUGAAUGAUCAACCCAGUGUGUUAAGGACUUUAAGGUUAAGUGCGCACUCGUCUGCUUACUUUACCGUUCUCUAUAUCCUCCCCCUCCUCUUCAGCCCCCUCUGCCCUGGUUUUUUAAGAAUAGGCCCCACUGAGCUGAUCCUUCCCAGCUGCUUCAGGGUUUUGAAGGUAGCUGGCUGUCUUUGUGGCUCAGCCUGCUGCUGAAAGAUCAUCCAGCUCCCGUGUGCUCUUUCAUGAGUGCCAGCCCCUCCAUUAGCUCAGCAGUAUACUGCCUUCAGUGAUAAGACACGGGGGGAGGACAGAAGGGGGGUGGGGUGUUAUUAUCCUCUGGAUGCAUACAGGUGGCCUCCGGGGCCCUGUCUGAAUGCUUGCCUGCUUCACUCUCCUUGUUUUUCAUCAGUGACAAUAGAGUUAGCGUCAAUGGGAAUUUAAUAUGGAUGAGCCUCGUCAUAAGCAAAGGGAUAGGGAAUAGAUGACCAAGAGCAGGGAGGUUAAAUAUUAGAGAAACACACUCUCCUUUUCUCUGCUCAAACUGAACUCUCAUGGAAAAAUGAACUCCAUUUUACUUCCUCAUGCACUCAAAAACAGAUAGUCAACAGUCUAAUUUUCCCCUCAUCAUCCCAACCACAGAAAUGCCUGAGGCGUGCAGCGAGUGGCGUCACUCUGAAUCACUAGUUUCACUGUACUCGAAAACUUCCACACAGACAAGACGGGAGAAAAAUAGGAUCGUAUCUCUUUAAGAGGCGGAGUUUAGUGUCCCAGAUGGCUGACUGGGACUUUGACACUUUUGGUGUUUUUGUGCAGCCAGUCAUGGGAGACUUUGUGACACUGACAACAGGCCCUGGGAGGGAUUGUGCAAUUCAAUGGCCUUCUUUUUGUCACGUAGGCCCAGGGUGCCGCUGACUGCCUGUUUAUGGCUGCUUUUCAGACCUGAGGCCAGGUGGUGGUGUUUGUCUUUCCUUUUUUAUGACUGCACCCAACUACACCCUGUACCUUAGUUUAAACAAAUACAUUAGAUUAACGCUUUAGAUGAGACUUUGUAUGUAAAUAGAUACAGUUACAACAAAUACAUUCUUUUUCUUGGGGUAAAUAUCCAUUAGAGGUUCAGGUAACGUUUGUUUUUUUUCAUCUGCAUCUGCUGUCAAUAGCAUUUGAUAAAAUAUGAGUUUCAUUAAAAUAACAAAUGAGAAUUCUGCCAAUUUUUGAUUAAAUUGUCAGUAUUGUCAUUGGCCUUCUUAACUUCAGUUCAUGAAAUUAAUUUUUUUGAGGCGUCUGUAGUUUGUUCAGCCACCUGUAAAAAUUGAAAUGGCAAAAAUAAAAAGUAAAUUAAAUGACUAAAGAGCAAAUAAUGGAUCUAUGAGAUCCCCUACUUCUAAACCCUUGAAAUGAAAUGUUUUUUAUUUGUUUAUGAUGCCCUUUAAUCAGUCUACAAGACUUUUACAGCCACGGUUGGCUUCUUAAAUCACGUGGGCUUAUCUGAGGGAAAGUACAGGCGAACCUUUGCUCAGUGCAGAUUUCUGCUUUACAACCACAGUUGAUAUUUGAAGCCUGUGCAAAACCACACAGCGACCAUGUUACACAGACUGCAGCUCAAAGUUGGCAAUUUGUGGCGUUUAUACCUUAUCUCUCUUCAUCAAUAAAGAGCAUUUCAAGUUAUCACCCCUGUUAUGUUUAUCAUCAAAGAUACAGUUAUUGUUUCAGUAUUUGAUUCUACAUUGACUGGUGAAGAAGCUUCAAAUCUAAAUUUUUCUCUCUACUUCAUCUGUCUCCUCCUGUAGAGCAAUACAAGCACCACUGGUUCCCAGACAGACCCUGCAAGGGAUCAGGAUAUCGCUGCAUCCGCAUCAACCACAAGAUGGACCCCCUGGUGUGGCAGGCAGGCCAGCGCAUCGGUCUGACCAUCCAGCAACUCUACCUGCUGCUCCCCACUGAGCUUACGCUGUGGGUCGACCCCUUCGAGGUGUCUUACCGCAUCGGCGAGGACGGCUCCAUCUGUGUCCUGUAUGAGUCGCAGCCCUGCCCCCCUGGGGUGCAGAUGACGGCUGCCACAAGCUCCUCCUCAGGGCCCAGCGGGACGAUGAGCCCCAUGGUGGACAGUCACAUCAGCUGCAAGGAGGAACUGAUGGUGCUGGGCAGAACCAGUCCCUCCAAAGCCUACAAUAUGAUGACUGUGUCCAGUUAAAGAGGCACGCUGUCACAGCCGGCCUACUUUUUUUCGUUCAGGGUCACGCCGUGGCUGGUCAGAUCAUCUGACCAGACCAGGGUGAGCCUUUUUAAAGCUAAGAAUAUGAAAUGAAAUAGUGAAAGAAGAAAAAAGUAAAAGAAAAAAAGCAGAGGAUGUGGCCUAUCGUCCAGGUGAUGGAAACCUUGUAGGUUUGAUAUUUUUUACCCCCUCCCCCACCCUCAUUAUCAUCUGUUCUGUUGUGUCAUGGAUCAGCUGGGCACUCCGGUUUUUAGGAGAGGCUUUGUAGAAAUGGAACUGUUGGGGCAGCUAAACCAACCAACCAACCAACAUCAAACCAACCAGGAACCCCAGAUGGAGACUGGCUCCACCUCCCUCCCCUUCACCCUCCCCUUUCCCCAAACAACAUGGCGAUCGGCUCCAUCCCCGAGGGGGGCUGUCAUUGACUUUGCACUUUUCUGACUUGUGGUUACUAUGGGUACAUGUUCAAAAAACAGCGCAAAAACACCAAAACUUAAAUUUAAGGAAUAUAUUGACAGGAUCUACCCCCUUGAAUUCAAAUUCUGAGAUUAUUUCAUUUGUUUUGGUGGGAGUCGAGGUUUAGACUGAACCUUUCACAGACCACGCUCAAGGUAAAGAAACACCCAACAAGAGCAUCUCUAUUUUCUAUAACAAACACCGUUUUGGACCACAGGGAACUAGUUUUCCUCACCUUGUAGCUGGUCAAAGGUGUCAGAUCUGAACCCUUCUCCCCACCCUUCUAUCGUCAACCCUGAUCUUCAGAAAAACUCUCAUCUCAUCCGCCUCCUGGCCUGUAUGUAAGUGCAAGUGGAAUGUGAUGCGACACCUGUUACCUAUGGAUACCAGUGUGUCCUGUUGCACUGUCACCCUCCCAUCACCCAUGUGUGUGUAGCUUUUCCAGGGGAGGGCCUCCCUCCUCUUAAGUCAUGAAUGUUGUUGAAAAUCACAAUCAAGUUCCUGUGUUGUUGCUAAUCGUGCCCCCUUUUCCUUCUUCCACUUUGUUGUCUCCUGCAUCACCAAAAUUCAAAGUGUAGCAAAAAAAGGGGGGCCAACUUAACCCAAAAUUCGCGGUCAUGCGGCCCUGUUAGGAUUGACAUUGAAUGCACUUUGACGUUAGAUUGUGUGGGAUGUGUCCUCUCUAGAGAAAAUCGCCUGCAUUCCAUCCACUCGAAUGUCAUCUUUUCAUGCCGUUUUUAUUGCCCUCCUCAUUUUUAAGCCGCUUUGUUCAUACUGUAGCUCCCACGUUGGGAUUUAACCUGUCUUUUAAAUCAGGAGUGUCCAACUCUGGAUUUCAGAACCUUAUUUUUUACACUGUAUUUGAACAUUUCAGAGCUGUUGAUUUGUAGGCGGAGAGUUUUCUUGGUGGUAUGUUAAGAAACAUUCUGUCAUCCGUUCUUAUGGCACUGGUGGCUCUGGCAGGAUGCAGAGCUAAGCUGUUUCCCCCCCUCCACCCCAGACACACACAGAUGGCGGCUUGUGUUGUUGAUUAGAAGAGAAGUUGGUGAAAAGGUCUGGACUAAGUGAUGACUGUGUGAGACUUUGGCCAAAGGGAGGUCUGGAGAACCGACUGUUUUAGAAGUUAACUUGACACCAGGCCUCGUCAGCCUCCUAUGUCAUCCACAUUAGCUAUUUCAGAGGUCAUUUUUAAAACUACACUCGUCUUUCUGCGUGCAUUGCCUUACCAAGACCUCAUAGUCGUGAAUUAUGAGCCAUUUGUGAUUUUUAAACUAAUAACAGGCUUAUGUAAGCUGGCCUGGUUCUAUGUGCUGCCCUGACCCUCCCUUCUCGAGGUGUCUCCUUUCCAGCCUGGCAGCUUUAUCACCCUCCUCCUCCCUCACCCAAUUUGGCGUGGGGGGUUAGAGUGCCUCAAGUGCCACAUAUCACCCCUCAGCUCAGACCUCCUGUUCAGCCAAGCCAGCACGCUGCUAGCCGACCCCCUGUGGAUGCAGGUAGACUUAAUGUGACACAUAUCAUUGUCCAUCAGAUCAGCAGGGGGGGAGGGAAGCUGGGUAAGGAAGGCAGGGACAAGGAGGGGGGAAGUGUUGUGGUGAGAGAGUCAGAGGGGGGCAAGGGCCGGACUCUUUUUGUCCAGGGCAGCUAAAAUCCCUCCAGCCCCCCCGUCUCUGGACUUAUUCAACAUCCCCCCUACCCUGACCAGAAGCCCUCGACCCUUCCCUCGGCAGUGAUGGAUACAAAAACCAGCACACGCUCACGGCGUGCUCCAGCUGCACUAAAGGGGGAGCUAGAAAGAAAAGAUUUGAGGGUACUAGGUUGUUUGUUCUUUGUUUUCAUCUCACUGGAUUGCAACUUUGUUUACAUGCAUGCAAACGGAUGUGAUGGCUGUCCGACGUGCCCCCACUGUACUCCGGUUCUGGGGCCAAAGGGGUUAACAGCAAGCCAGAACAGAUGCUCGGCCGGCUUCGGGUGUUGUUCAGGGCCUUAGCCGCUGGCCAAAUCUGUCAUAGCAGGCUGGUUCGCCGCUCAUCACCAGACCUAUGGGUGUUUAAGCUCCCCUAAGCUUCAGAGGAUCAUGGGUAAUAGAGCUAUUGCCUUUGACGCACUGCCCCCCCCCCCCCUCCUCCUCCCCAAACAACCCCCUUCCCCUGCUCUCUGCUGAUACUCCCUUCAGCAAUCUGUGAAAAGCAGUGAUUCCAUUUUGCCAGAUGGAGAGGAGCGAGCCAGUUUUUGACAUCACGCCGCUCUGUCGAAGUGUUCGAACGUCACGUGGCGAGAUGUUUUUGAGAUUGGUCUAUAUUUUGAUGUGAGAUAAUCGUCUCGUCUCACUUUCUAAAUGUACUUUAUGGUCACACUGGUAGAUUUUCUCCUUUUUUUUUCCACCCUUCGCCAUCCCUCAUUUUUCUUCUCAUCAUCCUCUUUUAACUGGGAUGUUUUUAGUCUGGUGAUUUAACCCACUUUUAUCAGACCUUGUUUUUAGAGCUACUAAAUUUAAAAAAAACCCAAACCCCCUUUGAAACCCUCUCAACUGUACAACCACCACCCAAAAUGGUUUAAGUCCUCAGUACUAUUGAUCUAAAUGGCAUCCAUUCAGAUUGUGCGCACAUAGGUGACAGAAUCGUCGUGAGAGUGCUUUGAGUAGUCAGAGGUAAAAUAGCACAUAAAAUGCACUAAAUAUGUCGAGUUGAAGUCGUGUGACAUUUUUUCGAGACGCGAGGAGUCUCUCCUGGAAUGUAUUGCCAAACUCAGGCCUCGGACAUUCAAUAAAUACCCUUGUGGAAAAAAGUUGUGCAUGUUAAGACAUGAAACAGGAAGGGAACAGCAGUUUUGUUGUUGUUGUUGUCGUCAAAAAUUGUCAUUGAUUAGUUGAAUUAUUGCCACUUUCACAUUUGAGGUGUUUUACAUAUUGUAGAAUGUAUUGUAACUGUACAACAAAUGGUAGAGUACAUAACAUUACACAUGGGAAGUGCCAAUAAUUGCUAUCCUGAGGUGUUUUUAGAUGUAUUCCUUUUUGUAUUUCAUCUUUUAACAUGGAUAACGCUUUUUUUUUCAUAAGUGAAGCCAUUUUGUGAUGGGAGUGUUGGCAAGGACCAAAGUUGUUUUGGUAAAAAAUAUUAGUUUCCAUGAUCUGUAAGUGUAGACGUAUCCUUUGUUCUUUUUUUCUUUUUCUUUUCAGUUUUUUUCCUUUUUUUUUCUAUUUACCUACAAAACAAGAAAAUAGAUAAAAAAAAAAAUCUGAGCUUACCCAAGAAGAAAAGCUGUCUAUCUUGUGAUCUCAUGUCAGUACAUCUUUAUCGUGUUCAGUUUCUUUUCCUUGGGUAUGUUGUGAUGAACUGCUGUAAAUUUGUACAGUUCAUGUAAAUUGAUUGUGCGGAAGUUGUACAGAUUUCUAUAUUUUGGAAGAAAAGUUUUUUUUCUCUGUAAUAAAAGAUUUCCUAUCUUGGCAUCAUA